AUGGAUGGCGCUGGAGCGUCGGGCCCAUACCCUGCCGUCGCCGGCAACGGGAGCCGCGAGGGCUACGGGAGCCGCGAUGGGUCCAUUGAAGCCAGGAGUUUCUUCAGCAGAGCAGCGGAGGCCUUCAGGAAGAUGAGAGGAGCAGAGGAGGGUCCCUGGCUGGUGGUGACCUACGGGAACCAGGCCUGGCUGCAUCACCUUCAGGGAGAACAAGCAGAGAGUCGGGCUUGUCUGUCAAAGAUCGACGGCCUGAUGACUGAGGAUCCAUCACAGGACGAGCUGCACCCGGAGACCUGUUCUGAAAAGGCCUGGACUCUGAUGAAGUUCAGCGGAGAACAGAAGCUUCUGGCAGCUGAUUACUUCCAGAGAGCCAACCGGAUGCAGCCGGAUAUGGUGGAGUGGCAGACCAGCCACGUGUUUUGGUUAGUUUACAUGUCCAAACAAAGCAAAACAGGGGUCGAGGCAGACAUCAUGGAGAAGCUGAGAAAAGCCAAGGAACAGGAUCCAGAGAACCUGUACCUCGCUGCCGUUUACCUCCUGCAACUUGCUAAGAGAGGACAUACAGACCAAAGUGGAGCACGUGAGUUAGCCACAAAGGUUCUGAGAAACCCUGUCAGCAGCUACAGUGGAAUCAAACCUUUGCUGUGGUUUUACAGGACCUUCACCUCCUUGGAUGAUGAUGGUGAUCAGGAGCUGAUUUGAGGAGAGUAGUGA